GGCAGGUCUCGACUAAAGUCCCUAGAUUUCCUGCUCUUUAGCAAAAAAAAUAUCUAGGGGACUUUAGUCUCGACCAGCCACGCCCCGGCAAGUGUGGAGGCGCCGCUUGGCAGUGACGUCACCGGGGAGAUAAAGCUCGGAGCCGCCGCGACGGCGGCAGAACUCUCGUUGACUCUGACAAUGUGGCGAGUACAUGUAGCCUUGACAUGGGACGACCAAAGAAGACUCGGGUACCCGACGAAGCCGCCGCUCAUCUUGAAGCGCGUCGCGCGGCGGCUAGGGACAACACACGCGGAAGAACGACGACGAUGAAGAGAGCACGUGGUGUUCCAAACAGCACGAGCGCUCGAGGAGCAUGACCCGAGCCGUGAUCGAGAGAAAACCAGCGAUGAGCUGUCAUUAUCGACGUGGCUCUGGGCCAAGAAGGUUGCCUCGUCAGCAUCGCGCCGGUGAAGGAGCCAUGGAGGUUCGGUCAAGUCCGUGACGCUGACAGUCCAGGGUGUGACCGUCGACUUCGGCGACGCUUGAGCGAGGCUCCUUGGACCGGCUGCAGCCUCUCGCGGCAGUGCCGGACACUCCAGGAAGGAUCCCCCUUCAGCGGCAGACCAGCGCGCACGAUAGUCCCCGGGACGCGACGUCGGCACUUGAGUAAGGCGCCGGAUGGAAGCAGUGGUCGAACGCGUCGCUAGGCCUAACCCGUCGGGCCUCUCUGCCACGUCAGCGACGGCGACAGACGUCUACCAAGGCGACGAAACCUUCAGGAUCGUCGGGAGCAGCAACUCCGGAAGAGACGCGACGCGACUUGGACGCGGAUCCACAUGAGUCAGCGUCAAAAACUGCUUGUUCUCGGUGUGCGGGGCCGAAGAGCUCGGGAGUGCGCGUGGUCGGUACGCGCUCCGCGACAGAUCAGCUCGAGCGACGGGGCCGACAAGCUGAGCGGAGCGGGCCAGCCCGGUGGUCUCUCGCCGGGCUCUGCUGAUUCGAGCGGCGGGCCACGUCCCGACGUCACCGGUCCCGACCCUGUUAAACCGGGCUUCGCUCCGGCUCGCUGCACUUGGGAGGCCCAGCUACUUACUGGCAGAUCCUGCCGUAUUCGGGCUUCGCGCCGGCUCCCUGACGUUCCCGAGGCAGGCUUUGCUGCUGCGUCCAUCGCCGUCCUGCCCUGUCGAGGCCGGGCUGCGCCCCGGCUCCUGUUGCGGCCGAAAUGGGCCGCCCGAUAUGCGGUGUCAUCGCCGUUCGUCACCCGCCGAGGCCGGGCAGCGCCCCGGUUCCCGUCACUGUCGCAGCGACGUGCGGCUGAGCUGCGUCCCAGCCGUCGUUACCACAACGUUGCGGCGGGUGACCCACUACCGCGAUUGGAACUGUGA